AUGGCCUUCCAACAAUCUGCAGCACCGCGGCCAGUUGUCAUCAACGCAAAUCAAUCCCAAGACUCGUCCUCCCAAACCCAAUUACGACGAACGACAGUAGAGGACUCCCAAGAAUGGGUCCUGUUCUCUCCGAGCACGGCAGAGUCCACCAUCACUCGGACUCAUACCAGCCAGACUGUGGGGGUUUCAAGAGCGAGCGAUAUAUCACUCAACACUGCAGGGCGGUCGGGUAGGCUUGAAUCAUCCGUGUUCGAUGAAGAGGUCACGGAAGAUGGUGAACUCGACAGCCUUGACGAUGGGCUGCAUGCGUUCAGAGAACCUACCUUGUAUCCUACUAUCUCCCACCAGACGCAAGGUGCUGUGUUGCCGACGCAUGACGGCCUGGGCACCUUCCCCGCUUCAAGCCCUCCUGUCCUUGAACAGUUAUGGCAGCAUGAGGCAUACAAUCCAAAACGAAAACACGACGGACAUCACCGGAGGCCUUCUAGUGUGCAGAGGAGGCUCGAUACCAUAGAUGAGAUCGAAGCGCAGGCAAGCGAAGAAAAGAGAAUGCGGAUAGAGAAGUGGCGGAUGGAGCAAAGUCAAGCAUUGAUGGACGAAGUGGAACGAGAAACCCGCAGACGACUGAGGAGGGGAUCUCGCCAGUCCACUUACCAAGAGACACUGGCGUCUAUCAAUGAAGAUGUACUCGGGACGACACCAAAGCAGAGUGAUUAUCUAUCCAGGCCAGCAGCAGAGCCAGAAGAGGCAGAGCCAUUCUGGCGCCGCAUCACAAGGAAGUUUAUCCGUGAUGUCAUCGGUAUUGACGAACCGCUUCUGUCGGUCAUAUUUGGGGAGAGCCUUCCAGAUGAGGCUUACGAAAGCAGGCCGUCCUCCAGCCAUGCUCUGCCUUCUAUACCUGAGCUGGCGUCCGAAGGCCGUGCCAUCGAAGAUUCGACGUGGAGGGACAAGCUACUUCAACGUAUUGCCCGAGAAUUGGGUGUUUUUGUGCAUCAACUGUCACCACACCCGGGAGCUUUCACGACUUACUCACGCAGUCCUGACUAUGCCGGCAUGCCGGUUUCUGCCUCUCGGCCAAAACCGCAGUUGUCUCUGUCACCCAGCGAGGAAAGCCCGUCAAAAGACACCAUCUCAUCUGGCAUGACGCCUAAUUUUCCGCCAACCGUUCGGGACCCGGCACAUGCCGAGAAUUGGGGGUUUGAAGAAGACCCCGUCUCUACCACCUCACCACUCGACUCGUCUAUGAGCCUUCAGCGAGAGAGGGAGUACUGGGAGAGAGAGCUCGAUCUGAAGAUGGUGUUCCGCUACCUCAGAGAUCGGUUCGCGAGCAGGUCGUCUGCUCAAUCGCCCCAAGCCUCAAGACAAGCUCUUGAAGAUGCCGCCACUCGGACGGCGAUCAUACGCCAGCACCAUCCUCUCGUCGCUCGGGCUCAGCGAUCUCCUGCCCGCCUACGACGUGAGUCCAGAGUAAGCGUUAGACGACCUGCAAGUAGCUGUGCUAGCGAAAGCGUGCGCAGCAGCAGGAAAGCGUCCCUCGUGAGAAGCGGAUCAAGUCGCAACUACUGGGACAUUGGUGGAAGCGUCGGAAGUGGCAGCAUCUUGGCCAGUGGUGGGGCUUGGGGUGAAGUGUAG